AUGGACAACAAACAGGACGACUUGAGGGAAGUGGAGGGCAUCGAAGAUGUGCGAAACACAAUUAUACAGAAUGACCUCAAAGCUUCCAUGGCCCAAAUGGUCAACCAGGAGCAUGGGGAAUUGUACUUGGAGGCCAUUCAGAAGUAUCCUGUGGACGAAGCGAUCGACCGAGAUGCCGAGAAGCGCUUGACACGAAAAUUAGACAUGCGGAUUCUUCCCCUCCUAGGUAUUUGCUACUUCUUCUAUAGUGUUGCUCAACAGUAUGUCGACAAGACAACGCUUUCCUAUGCCGCUAUUUUCGGGAUCAAAGAUUCCCUGAAUUUGAAAGGCACCGAGUACUCCUGGCUUUCGAGCAUCUUUUACUUUGGAUGGUUGGUCUGGGCAAUUCCUUCAAAUCUGAUUAUGCAGCGUCUCCCCCCGGCCUGGUAUCUCUCCUUCAACAUCUUCAUGUGGGGGGUACUUUUAAUGUGCGAGGCUGCAUCAAAAAACUUUGCCACGCUCUCUGUCCUCCGCAUUCUUUCAGGCGCAUUUGAAGCAAUUGCAGACCCAGCCUUUAUGCUCAUUGUAUCGACUUACUAUACCCGUGAAGAGCAGCCGUCACGAAUUUCUGCAUAUUACCUCUGGAAUGGCAUUGGCGUUGCCGGUGGUGGUCUUAUUGGCUACGGAAUUGGCCAAAUCAAAGGCGCUCUAGAGUCCUGGCGCUACGAAUUUAUUGUUGUCGGCGCUGUCUGCGCAUUAUGGGGCAUUGUACUAUGUCUUCUGCUGCCGAACUCGCCGGCCACUUUUUGGGGCUUUACACGUGACGAGAAACUGAUGAUUAUUGCCCGCCUGCGACGUAAUCAGACAGGUGUCGAGCAACGAAAAAUCAAGUGGGACCAAAUCAAGGAGGCUUACUUGGACUACAAGACAUGGCUAUUCACCUUGCUUGGAUUUUUUGCCAAUAUCCCCAAUGGCGGAAUUUCCAACUUCUCCACCUUGGUAAUUUCUGGUCUUGGGUUCGACGAACUUCAUACAACGCUUCUUGGUAUACCCCAAGGUGUUAUCGUGGUUAUUUGGAUUGUGUUGGGAGCGGUGGCCAACCAUUAUUUACCGAAUAAUAGCCGCACAUUGGUCUGCGCGCUGUUUAUGUUGCCAACUAUUGCUGGGGCACUCGGUUUCCUCCUUGCGCCAGUUGAUGCCUACGUUGGGCGACUAAUCUGUUUCUACCUUACCGGCUCAUAUCAAGCUUCCUUUGUGAUAUGCUUGUCAAUUAUUACCUCUAAUACUGGCGGACAGUCCAAGAAGAUGAUAGUUUCCGGGAUGAUUUGGUUCGGCGUCUGCAUCGGCAACAUCGCCAGUCCAUUUUUCUACAAGAAUGAACAGGCACCUACCUACCGUUUAGGAAUUGGCUCUAUACUAGUCUCAAAUUGUGUCGAGUUUUUACUCUUCUUCGUUUUCCGUUACGCAUUCAUUUGGGAGAAUCGCCACAAGGAGAAGCAAAGAGAAGCCCUGAGAGCAAACGGCGAAGAUGAAGCCACGCUCAACUCAACAGCGUUCAAUGACUUGACUGAUAAACAAAACCCCAAUUUUGUGUAUGUGUAUUAA